ACGUCCCUCCUCCCUCCACGUCUCUCCCUCUCUCUCCUCUCAGCUUCACCGCCCCGUUCAGUGUCUCACAGCCGAAAACAGAGGACCAUCCGAGGGUCUAACUGGCCGUCCACCGAGCUCCGUGCGGCAGUCAUGGCGGCGCCGUUAGCCCACUUCGACGAGGACUGGCAGGAUUUUAACGAGUUCAAGCCGACCUCCGCGACGGCAGAGCAGCUGGACCAGCUCAACUCCAACGUGGGCGAUCCGUCGUCGUCGGGCCUCGAUGAUUUCUCCGACCUGGACAACAGUUUCUCCGGGGAGAUCUGCAGCUUCAAAUCGAUGGAGGACCUCGUUCACGACUUCGACGAGAAGCUGACAGUGUGUUUCCGAAACUAUAACACCACGACUGAGAACAUAGCCCCCAUUAAACCCAUCACGGAGGAUAACUACCUGAAAGACGAUGAGGUGUGGAACGCUCUGACAGACAAUUAUGGCAACGUGAUGGCAGUCGACUGGAAGACCUCGCACACGCGCUCCCUACACCUGCCCACUCUUAACCUUGUUGAUCAUGAGAAGUUGGAUAACCAGUCUCUGGAUCUGUCUGAUGACGAAGAGCUGAGGGAGCAGAUGGACAUGCACUCCAUCAUUGUGUCCUGCAUCAACGAUGAGCCGCUCUAUACAGCUGAGCAGGUGAUAGAGGAGAUCGAGGAGAUGAUGCAGGAGUCUCCGGACCCCGAUGAUGACGACAGUCCCUCACAGUCCGACUUGUCCAUGCUCUCUCAGGACCUCCACGUCCUGAAACGUUCAGGUUCCAACACCAGCUACGAGGACCGGCUGCGUCAGCUGUCGGUGUCCGAGCUGACGGACACUCUGGAGGAAGUGGAGACUGCCAUUCGACGCUACAGCGAGGAGCUGAUCCAGGCUCUGGCCCUGCGGGACGAACUGGACUAUGAAAAAGAGGUGAAGAACAGCUUCAUCUCUCUGCUGAUCGACGUGCAGAACCGACAGAAGGAGCACCGCGAGCUGCUGCGGAAGAAGAAGAAAAUCCGAGGCACAACCACAACCGGACCCAACGGCCAGAGGACAGCCAGCACGCACAUACCGGGCACGUACCUGACCACAGUUAUCCCAUAUGAGAAGAAAGCAUGUCCUCCCCCAGUUGAAGAUCUCCAGAUCCUCACUAAGAUCCUCCACGCCAUGAGGGACGAUAGCGAGAAGGUGCCUGCCCUCCUAACAGAUUACAUUCUCAAAGCUCUGGUAUGAGAGCUGUGGAAACUGAGUACUCUGUCCCACAUAAAGCCAUGGGAGAGCCUCCUGUUUCCAGAACCAUCCAGAUCGAGACAUCACAAGGGUUCUGGUGAUCCGCAAUAACCGCAAUAGAGGAUUUCAAAUCCAUCUUCUCCUUCCUGUUUUUCAACAUAGACUUUGCUCCUUGCAUUUUUCAACUUUUUAAACUCCACCACUUGUUGCCCAAAUGGUUUUAACUCCAGAUAUAAUCCCCGGUCUGUAUAGUUCUUUCAUAUUUUAACUUUUUAAUGCCUGAGUGAUACAACCCUGUAUAUCCUGACAGCAUGAUGACUCAUCUCUGGAUGCCAGUAAUCAGUAUUAAUCCAUAACCUCACUUCCUGAUUUUACAGCACUCUUAAAUAGAGAAGAAUCAGUUGACUAUAUUUUAAUUUGCUUCAUCAGAGAAAAAAGAAGAACAAUCUUUCACUUUUGUUCUACAUUAAUGUAAAAAAAACUAAUCCUGUUUGAGUCUCAAGUCUCACUUAGGUCGUGUUUUCAAGCAUGACUCCUGUUUGGAAACUUUUAUUAUUCAGUUGCGUUAUACAGAGAUUUGGGGUUGAAAACUCUGCUUGCUAAGAAUCACAGAGCAAACCCUUUAAAAAUCCCAGAUCACAUGUCCAACUGUCGCUGCAUGUUGAUUUUUGGGGGGUUUCUGCUCAACAGUAGCUGUUAGCUGAAUGUUCAAAUGAAAUAUUUUGUAUAUGAUUGAGAGAAAUUGCACAGUUUGGGGAACUUUUUUAACGUUUUGCAUAAAGGGAAAAACACAUGAAAUGACUUGAGAAAGUAAUAGCUGGAUGAACAAACAUGUAAAGCAUAUUUUUGGAGGAGGAGUGGGGUUAUUUUUGUGAGAUUAGGGACUUUCUAGUAGCCACUUUUGCGACCAGAUCGCAACAUAAUUUUUGUAAAUGCUGUCCAUUGACCCUCUGAGCCCUCGAGUAGUGACCGCCACCACUGACAACUUUAUCACUUCCCCCAGGAGUUGUCUUAACAUUCAAAUACCUCGUUUGUCGUAAUUGCAUUAUUAGAAAAAUAGUCACAUGAUUAGUCGAGUAAAGAUUAUGUUAGGUUUGAUAAUUGUGUAGCUUCCUUUAAAACUGUGGGUAAACCCUCUAAUUGUUGUGAUACUUCUGUGUAGCACUUUAGUCUGUCAGUGAUCUGGUCAUGUAGUAGUUGAAACGUGAUGGAAGUACUCAAGGUACGCAUACUUCACUAGAUUAGCAUUAGAGGUAACUUAGAGGCUUUAAGCUAGUGGUGCCAAAAGCAUGUCAACAUGAGAAAUUGUUGUCAUACAUCCUGUUCCAUCUGUUCACCCUUUUGGCCAUCAUGUAAAUUCAAACAUUGAAGGGGUACUACAAUGAUUUUUGCACAGUGCUAUUUAGGGGUGAGUAUUACCAAGAAUCUCACAAUACGAUACGCAUCACGAUACGAUAGUAUCAUGAUAUAUCAUGAUAUCACAAUAUUAUGAUAUUGUGAUAUUGUAAUAGGACAAAUUAAGUCAAAACUAUUUGAUUGAAAACAACUUUUCAACUUUAUUGCUUCUGGAAUACUGAAGUUAUAUUUUAGUUCCAACUCGGCUAAAAUGUGAACUUUUAUUAUUACAAAAAUAUCGAUAUUAAGAGUUGAAAUAUCAAUAUCACAAUAUCACUGUAAAAACAUAUCAGUGAUUUUUUUUCCCAAGAGGCUAAAAGUCAAAGUAUCUUGAAACUGAAACAUAGUGAAUUGGGAAAAUUUAUCAAAAAAUGGCAAAUUUAAGAAACUUCCAAUCUUAUUCUUUUGAGUUUUAUUUGUCUAAAUGUAGACUAUGAAAGUUCCCAAAUGGGAAGUCACUGCGGCACCCCUUUAAAACCACGUACACCAAAUCAAGCAUCACACGCCUACAAUCUGAUACGACUAACACUCAGAUCACCAGCUACUACAGGUGCACCACACACUGUCAGAUCAGGUCUAGUCUAGCUCUCAGGUAAAAUCAUCAGUGUUAGUAGUUUAUACUCUUAUUCUGAAAGGUACUGACAUUCCUGAGCCUUUGUAUAUUUCUGUCAACGUGAUCAGCUAGACCCGCUGCACUUUUAUCUUUUACACUCUGAACACCUGAAGGAAGUCAAAUCAGGGUCGCAUUACAAAUGUUAAUUGUCGUUAUUUGUUGAAACACAGUUUGGAAUCCUUUCCCUGCUUUAGUGGUAACAGUAGUAGUUGUAGCCAGCUGCAGUAGCAUUCGCUUGGCGUAGCAUUCUAGUGUCAAUAGCGUAGUUGUAACUUCCAGCAGCAAACUUUGAUUGAUUAGGAAAUCAGUGGCUCAAACAUAGGAGAGUUAUACUCUUUAAUAAGAAGUGUUUACUUCUAUAAGUUACAUUUUUGAAGCAUCUCUCUGAUGCAUGCAGGCAGGUUAGAGAGGGCAUCAGAAGACGAUAAGGGGUGUGAUAAAGGACAUGGACGUUUGGGAGGAUUGCACAGAGCAUUGAGUCAAUACGAGGGGUUCAUUUACUCUUAAAGAAAGACAAAGCUUGUUGUAUCAUAUUAACUAUUUAUACGUAACUGUUCUUUUUUUUCCCUUCUUUGAACAUUCGUAGCUUAGCAUGUGCUUCGUGCACUUAACUGCUAAAAACAUAUUUUUUAACAUAAAAGGGAAACAUGCAUGUUAUAAAGUCAGCGCAGAUAAAGAAAAGCAGAUUUGUUAGAAAUGUAUCAAAAAGGGUUAAAGUUAAACUUGAAAAGGCUAGUGGAGGUAGAACUCACGCCAGUCAUUUAAAUCAAAUCAUUAGCUGAUAAGAUAUUUUAAAUCUUGAUGAUCAAUACGACAACUUUGUAAAUCAGUCUUUUGUUUUUUAAUGGAAUGGCAGUCAGCAUGGAGGAGAGUAGUGUUUCCUCUGAUCUCCUGUUAGCAGACGUAUCAGUGUAUCUACAAUUUAGAGAUUUAUAUUUAUAUAUUUACAACAAAACAAGCAACAGAAUAAAGAGGCUGCCUUUGUAAAUGCCUGAACAAUUUUGUACAUUAAACCAACUUUUUGUUUUUAAUGCAAUACAACUCCCAGUUUGGGUUUUUAUGUUUACUGUCUCAUGUGGUACUGCAGUAUAUUAAUUUAUUAUGUAAAUGUUCGUUUUGUAACCAUAAUAUUGACUGUAAUGGUACAAGUGUCUUGUGCCCUCAUUGCAUUGCAACUCAUUUCAAAUAAAUUAAUAUGUGAUGACUUCAA